AUGGCCCUGCACGAUACCUGGGCCAACAAGCCGACCAACGUCGACAUCCUUGACGAGCUGAUCGGCAAAGUCGAGACCGACCGACUGGACUGCAUCAACGACAUGAACGACGACUCGAUGUGGUGGUACGUGAACAUGUCCAAGAUGACCAUCUGGGAGCACGUCACGCCCUACGUGAUCCCGCACGGCAGAUAUAAUCAACAACAACAACAUCGACAUGGAAGGCGAGGUCAUCUGGUCCAACAGGACGACCGAGACCCCAGUCAACGCCGUCACCACGAAAUCUGUACGCCGAACUAUCGGCCCGACUAUCGAGAAGCUUAA